AUGGGAAACGGCGGUAGCGAGCUGGAAAGGCCCAGAGAUAUUGGAGUACCCGAAGGAGGUGUCAGCGAGGAAGAGUUGCAUCAGUUCCUGCGCGGAUUGCUUCAAAAUGAGAAGGCUUUGGCCGAUGUCUGUGGCAGUCUUUGCGACGAGGCCUUCGUCCCCGCCGAGUCCCUGCAGCCCCUGACGCAACAGUUGAUCGACCGGCUGCGCUGCCGGGACCCGCAGACCUUAGAGCGCAUCGGGGAGGUCUACUCCAGCUUUGCCGAACGUCCAGGAUUGACGCCCCUGGAGUUUCAAGGAUAUGUCGCUUGCGUUCUCACGCAGAUCCUGCGCCCCCUGGACGCGCGGAACGAGCCGCGGAACGAGCCCCCACGGGCGCGGCCGUUUGCGGCCACGUUGCAGGCCGAAGCGCCGGCGGAAGCGCCUCCGCCGGCGGAAGCGCCGGAGGCGCCCGAGGAGUUGAGCGAGCUGCAGCGCUUGGCGAAAGAGUUGGACUCCUUGAACGCUUCCCUGACCGAGCACCAGAAGGAGCCACUUCCAGCCCCUAUGGACUUGGAGAAGGCGCCAGCUCCCACCGAGGUGAAGGCCGAGACCGCCCAUGAAGUCGAGCAGAAGGAUGAAAUGGCUCAUCUCCUGGCCAACUUGGACGACCUCAACAGUUCCCUUCAACCCUUGCGGCGCCGAGCUUCCCCCACGCGGGAUGACACCGCAGCAGCAGAGCACAUGGCUCCCGGGUGCGCGGCGGAGGCCAGGCGCACGGCACUGGCUCCCGAAAAGUAUGUCCAGGGCCCUCAUGCUCAUCCACAGCCUGGACAUCCUCAUCAUCAUCAACCAGGACAUCCUCAUCAUUUGCAGCCAGGACAUCCUCAUCAUCCUCAGCCAGCACAUCCUCAUUAUCCUCAACAUCCUUCCUCACCACCGCGUGACGUGGCACAUUCCCUGGAGCACGUCUUCCCAGUGGCUCCGCAGGCUCAGCAAGCUCAGCAGGGCAUGAUGGCGCAGACUGCGCAGCAUCGUCACGCAGGUCGCAGUCCACUGGGGCCAGCGGAAGCCUUCGAUGCCGGCAACACUUAUGCCCGUGCCCUGCGCGGUGGGGCUGGGGCUGCGGCACGUGGAGCUGGACUAGAGCGGCGGAUGGAAGUGCCAGAGGAAGGACCGAUGAUGCCUGAAGCCGGACUGACCAUGGAAGGACCGCCCAUGGGAGCUGCCAUACCGGGACCUAUGCCGGCUGCGUUGGCGGCUGCCAUGCCUGUGGCCAAUGCCGUGAAUUCUCGUUUGCAGGGUGCGGGCAAAGGAAUUGCCUAUAGCUGGCAAGCCUUCGCUGAAACCAUGGACAGCAUCUUCGCCGGGGACGCCUCCAGCCACGCAGCCGGGCCGGAGCCCGAGGUGGCACUGCCGGAGGUGGCACUGCCAGCGCCGGCGCCGAUGCCGGCACCGGAGGACGUGCCGUUGAUCUUCCGGCAGCCGACGGUGGAGGAGGUUCGAGAGGUCUUGGAACAGGAAGGGCUCCUAGCCUAUGUUGCCACAGCUGCCGGCUCAUUCUGCCCAAAGAAGCUGUGUUUGGACUCUUCGUACUUGUACAUUUUAGAGCCCGACUCCUCGAUCCCGGCGGUCUUCUUUGGCAUGCAAGGCUUCUGCUUAGACGACUUGCAGCGCGUGGUGCUGAACGAGGCACAUUUGGACUCCAGCUCCAAGCCUUUGCUUUCGCUGGAGUUCGAGGAAGGUUUCCUUCCAGUGCGCUUGGGAAGCGCCACGGUGCUGCGGGGAUUGGUGGGAGUACUCUGCCAUGGACGUCACGUGCAGAUCCUCGAACCAACCAACCUGAGAUCCAUCUACGUCACGAUCCGCGCGCGCCGUCCCCGCGCCGCCAUGGGCCUCUCGGUGUCACCGGAUGCGUCGCUGCAGCGGAGCUUGAGUGACCAGCAGCUGGGGAAGGUGGGCGUGGUGCAUUCCGUCCUGGUCCGUCCGCCCGAGACCUGUCAACCACACCAGGUCUUUCAGGUCUUUCCUGGUGACCAACCACUCCUCCUGAAGCUCCCAGCGGCCUGGCGUCCCGGCGUGACCAUCACCGCCUUCUAUGAGGCAGACUCCAACGGGAUCCUGCAACCGGCGCUGCAGAUCGACCAUGCCGAGGUGAGCUUCUGCACGAGGUCCUGUCUCUUCUGGGGCGGUGCAGUCCUGCUGGUGCUAUCCUUCUUCACUUUUCUAUGCAUCUUCCCCUACGUCCUACUACCGCCCUUGGGCUUGGCACUUCUCAGCGUGGUUCCCAUCAUGGUCUUCGCCCUCUUUGUGCAGCUGCGCUUCGCGAGCUCCGUGAGGAUCUGUCAGAUGGUCAUCUCCUUCUUCGAAGCGAUUGCGUGGUUCCUUCCGCUGGUGGCCAUCAUUCUCAUCAUCUACUUCCCAGUCGGAUGGCAAGAUUGGGUGGCCAACUGCAAUGAGGCGAUUGCUGAAGAUGGGGCCGCCAUAAAUGCAGAAUGCUUGGGCAAGAGGGCCAUCCAGGCAUACCUCAUGACAGCCUUUCUGGAGGAGCUCCUGAAGUUCUUGUGCGUCCGCCGUCUUCUUUGGCUUCCCUUCGUUUGCGACCCCUGGGCCCUCAGCUGCUAUGGCGGUGCAGCCGGGCUCGGCUUCGCAGCGGUGGAGAAUGCCAUCUACGUGGGCGGAGGCAACUUGAUGGUGGCCCUGUUGCGAGCCGGGACGGCGGUGCCGAACCAUCUCAUGUAUGGCCUUUUGCAUGGUGCCUUCUUGUCUCGCUUGAGAUUCUCCAGACGAUCGAGUUGCUCCAGCUACCUCCUCUCUCCCUUCUUGCCGAUGCUUUUGCAUGGCAGUCACAACUUCUCCAUCGCUUUGUGCCAGUACCUGGACCUCGCUGUGGGCCUUUCUGUCAUGGCCUGCGUGGCUUUGGCCGCCGUGGUGAUCCUGCGGCGCGCCAUGCAGGAUCUCGGCCCACAGGUGGAUGUCCAUGAGCUCAUCGACGCGAAGAUCCUCGAAGCUCCGGUGUGUUGUCUUUGCUGUCAAGGCCAGUGCGGCUGGGCGAAGGAGUGCCCCCUGGGCGCCGUGUGUUCGGCUCAGCUGGAUGGACAGCUACUACCCGAGGAGCUAGUGCUGGUGCGAGGUGUGGGCGCUGGCACCUACGAACUCGCAGGCGAUGGCUGGGUCAGCUCCGCCUCCCACGUGCGUGGGACAGGGAGGAAGGUCUACUUUGAGACGCUGGUGGGGCCCGAGACCAACAACUUCCGUGUAGGCAUCCGAUGCUCCAGCCCCUCAGGAUCUGAAGAGACUUGGACUUUGGGUCCUGAGGGCCUAUGGCAUCAGGAACGCUUGCUGGAUGCCAGGCCGGUGCCCAAGCAAUGCACCAUUGGAUGUGUCCUUGAGUUGGACGAUGCGAAGGCUUCUCAGCUGAGCUUCCUGGUGGACGGCCAACCAUGGUCGAUCCCGGAGUUGCCGACCAGUGCGGGAAGCACCUUUGCGGCCGAGUGGCGUGUACAGGGACGUUUGCUGUUGCGCCUGGCGCGCUUUGAGCAGAUGGAGUCGGAGGAGGUUCAAGCCUUUCAGGUCGCUGCUACUGGGCGGAGCAGCACUGCCUUAGUGGGACAGGUGGUGGGCGUCUUGUUGGAGGAAUGAAGGACAGGCGCCUGGCCGCUGCACAUCCCCAAGAAAACGACCCAGCAGAAAGAUGGACAGGAGCUGGAGGGGAAAGAAGGCUGGUUACUCCACGCAACCCCUCGCUGGUCACGGGCAAAUCUGCUCUUCCAAGCUGGUCGGCUGGUUCAUCACCGUCCAAGACGCGAUGACCUGCAACGGUUUGUGGCUGUGUGGCUUUGUCCUAAAACGGGACAAGCGAAGCACACCGACCUGCACUCUGGUGUCAGCUUCCUGGGCCUUGCUGAUGGCAGAGCCGAGUCGGGUGUUCCAGCAGAAUAAGACCACCUGGAGUUCGACUCACCAAGUCUACAGCCCAUGGGGCAUUCUCGG